UGUAUUUUCAAGCGAAAAAUGAUUCCGGAGACCCGUGAACGCAAAUCGUUGCUUACGACCGGUCAACAGUCGUACCACCAGCCCGGAAUCUUCCAAUAUCCCGGAUUUCCGGAAAUUGGCAGAAAAAUUUUCAAACUUGUGAAACGGCGCAAAAACCGAAACCGCGCCAUUUUCAAAAAUGGCGACUGCAACAUCUAUUAUAAAGGCAUCGCAAAGCUUGGGAUUCGCUAUUUGCACGACAUUUUCACUUCUUUGGUUGACAUUAACUGGAGGUGGUGUUUGAUGAUUUUCGCAUUGGCUUAUUUCGUGUCUUGGCUCUUUUUCGCGUUGAUUUGGUGGUUAAUUAUGUUCACUCAUGGGGAUUUAGAGGAUGAGCAUCUUCCUCAAAAUCAGGCAGAGUCGAAUUGGACCCCCUGUGUCCUCAACAUUCACAAUUUCACCUCCUGUUACCUCUUCAGUAUUGAGACUCAAUACACGAUUGGCUAUGGGUCGAGGACCACGACCGAGGAGUGCCCCCAAGCCAUUUUUAUCAUGUCAAUGCAGGCCAUCAUCGGUAUGACCAUCGAUGCGUUUUUCCUAGGAAUAGUCUUCGCGAAAAUGACUCGUCCCAAACUACGAACCCAAACUAUACUUUUUUCGCGAAAUGCCGUAGUGAGUCGCCAUGACGGCGAUUUGUGCCUCAUGUUCCGAGUCGGAGACAUGCGAAAAAACCCCCUCAUCGGGGCGGAAAUAAGGGCACAAGUGGUCAAACCGACCAAAACCAAAGAAGGUGAAGUUAUCAGAAAUUAUCGUACUGAAAUCGAGUUGAAUGUUGAUGGGGGUGACAACAAUAUAUUUUUUCUCUGGCCGAUGACUGUAGUUCAUAAAAUCGAUGAAGAGUCACCAUUUUACAAAAUGUCGGCUAGUGACAUGUUGAAGGAACAAUUCGAAAUUUUGGUCGUUUUGGAAGCCACUGUUGAGAGCACUGGACAGUCGAUUCAAGCAAGAACGAGUUAUGUGGGGGGUGAAAUUCUAUGGGGGUACAGAUUUGAACCUGUCGUCGACCAUUUGAAACGCGAAAAUGCCUACGAUGUGAAUUAUGCGAAAUUUAACAGUGUUUAUCCUGUGGAUACGCCUCUGUGCUCGGCGUGUGAGUUGGCGGCGUUUGAACGGGCACAGGAACCUCCUCCAGAACCGAUGAGGUUACCAGAACCGCAUUCUUUCGAUGAUGAGGAUGAUGAUGAGGAGCUUGCAAGGCCACCACCGCCUCCACCCGUCCCCAGGACCAGGAGUAGGAGUAUACAAAGGAGUGGACGUUCGUAUGGGGGCUACGAUGAAGACCYAUUACUGCAAAUUGCCUCGAGUUAUGUGUGACUUGUUUACUUAUUUUUAAGUGAGAUUAAGUYGCAUCAAAGUUCUGUAAAUAAACACUUUUGUUUAGUCUUUACAUUGAAUAAAAAUAAAC